CCCUCUUCAACACUCCAACGCCGCAUCCCGACCUCAAUUGGCCAACGCAACGAGACGAACUACCUACUCACACGAGCCUAUCUGCGUCCGAUCGUUCGCGCAUUGAAGCGCACCACCAACAUGCCGACACCCGAAUCCGAGCUCUUCCUGGCUAAGAAGCCCAAAGUUCCACCCACUUUCGAAGGCGUCGACUUCGACGACAAUCAGGCCCUCAAGGCUGCCCAAGAUGCAAUCAUUCGUGAACAAUGGGUGAGGAGCAUGAUGGCGAGGUUGGUGCGCGAGGAGAUGGGAAAGUGCUACUACCGGGAGGGUGUCAAUCACUUGGAGAAGUGCGGCCAUCUCAGAGAACGAUAUUUCGAGCUGUUGAAGGAUGCUAAGAUCAAGGGCUACUUGUUCGCACAGCAGAACUACCUCCCAAAGGACCAGUGAUGCUUAGUAGUCGUGGCAAUGGAAAAAUUGUAAAUAUAUGCACUUGGGGCAUGCUUGUGCUGCAGAGUCGUGCUCCAGGGAAUGGAGCUGAGGUGUUUCUUAGCGGCCCUUCGAUGACAAGGCGUCGUGCAUGCCAAAUGGAUUAUUCAGUAGCAAAUGCAUUUCAUACGAAAUAAAA